GGCCUAAGAGGGUCCAUAUAAGAUUGCCCUUCAAUAACUGUUUCAUCAUCGGACUUGACCGUUUCGCGUCCACUUUUGACUUUUCGGGUCAAGCCGACUAUUCCCCGAACGUCCGCAUCUCCCGGAGCCCCCGUCAGUACAUUAUAUCAAGGCUAUCACCUUGCUGCUCACAUCCAUUCCAUCUUGCGAAGUCAACGAUUUAGCACUACUUCGACUUCAAUCUAACAGACCAUUCACCCCGGAAAACAAAGACAGGAAUCAGAGGAGGGCAAACUCGCUAUGGACAAAGGAGACAAGGUUACACCCUCCCACAUCUUCCGCUUCAAAGAUGUACCGGGAUCUUCAAGCGGAGGGUGUCACGCCCUGGUCUGGCUUCCGCAGGACAACGACGUCACUGGCAAGAAACUGCCCGUUGCCAUCAUGAUCCACGGAGGCGGAUUCACGAUGGAGGCCGCAGAUGACAUUCCGUUCAACAACGUGAAUUACUACCUCGAGAAUGGCUUCAUCGUCGUCUCUCUAGAAUAUCGGCUACAGCCACACGUGAUUCUGAGCGAUAUCCGCCAGGAUAUACUCGACGGAUACCUCUUCGUGCAAUCCGAGCUUGCACAAGAGCUUCAAAAGGCCGGAUCCCAAGUGAACGUGGACGGCGAGAAGACCAAUGUUCAAGGUUGGAGUGCAGGAGGCACUGCUACCGUGUUCCUGUCGCACGAUAUUCAGGAAUACAACAAGACGGCUUCCAAGCCCGCCCCGCUUCCUAAAGCCAACAUCGUUACGUAUCCAAUGACUCGGCCUCACUUGCAUCAUAACGAGCCCCGGUCGGCCUUGGAAGAGUAUGCCAAGGGGUUGACAGAGGAGGAGAGGACGACUUUGAAUGCGAUAUACGAUGAGCCGAUUUCUACUGGCCAUGCACACGAAGACUGGACGCCGGAUAGCAAGACGCCUCGUAUGAAAUGGCUCAUGUCGGUCUUGAUGAGCGGCUGUAUCAACUCUUUCCUUAUCGGCCAAGAUCCGCCUUACCCCGCUUCCGGCUCGUGUAUCAACGCCAUCAACGCCGAUACCCCGCCGACAUGCGUCGUGGUGGCGACCGCUGACGAGCUGCUUGGGACCGUGGAUUCCUAUGCUUUGGCGGAUGACUUGAAAGCACUUGGCGUAGAGAGUCCGGUCUAUGUGGCUGAAGGAAUGCCUCACGGAAUCGCCGAACAUCACUCGAAAACAUGGCCAGAGGGAGUCAAAUGGUGGGACGAGGCGAUCCUCCCAUCGCUGCAAUGGGCCGUAGCCAAGACCUUGUCGUAAAGACUACCAGCUAUAUCGUAAUGGUCAUGACUGUCGUUUUCGCUCAGUGUGUUGCCUAUAAUUUGCUACGUAAGCCGCAGCUCAUGCGCUAUCAAACCCUACUAUCCCAUCCUCCC